UUUAGUUGAAAAUAACUUGCCAUUGAAAGACACAUAACUGAUUUUGCACUUAGCUGAGUAUAAUCUAUUUGCUUAACAGCAUAUAUGCUUUUGCUCAUUAGCUGUAAGUACGAAUCACCUUAAGUAUUCAGGCUGUGUGACACGAGCAGUUGGGGAACUAGCCGGAACUUCUUUAGCUAUCUAUCUCGAUUUACAAGUUACAGUACAUUUCAUUUGAUAGCUCAUUUCCCGCAGUUUUGACAUUAAUUUUUCACUCCGGGCAACUUUAAAAGGUUUCCAUGUUCUUGUUUAAAACCAUGCCGCUGGUCUCGACUAUCCUCAUUCUGAUCAUUUUGCUGGCUGGCGGAGGGCAGGGAGAUGACAAGACUGAUUGUCGUUUGGUGAAAGAGUCAGAGAGCGAACGCAAAGUCCUCAAAUUACUGGAACCCCUGAAAAACAGAGAUUUUAAUCUGACAGUCAAAACCGAUAAGGAUGACUACACCUACGUUUUCCGCGUAUGCGGAGCUGCUGUUGGCGUGGAUGGGGCAGGACUGGUCCAGAUAAACAACAAAAACGAGAAAAAGACGAGAAUUGGAAACUACACGAAUGCUCAGGCUAUUGGUGGAAGUGAUUGGGUGAUGCUUAUCUACACUGGAGGAACGGAGUAUGAAAGCCACUGUAAUAAGGAGAGUAGGAAGGCUAUUAUCAUGAUCUCCUGCGACAGAAGGACCAGCGCGGGGGAUCUGUCAUUAGUGUUGGAGGACAGAGAGCGAGAGAGUGACUGUUUUUACCUGUUUGAACUGGACUCCAGUGCCGUGUGUCCAGUACUGCAGUCCAAGCUCAGCACUGGAUCCAUUCUUCUCAUCAUUUGCUUUUCCUCAUUGGCGGUUUACCUGAUUGUUGGAUUCCUCUACCUCCGAUUGGUCGUGGGUGCAAAAGGUGUGGACCAGUUCCCCAACUACACCUUUUGGACUGAAAUUGGCAACUUGGCGGCUGAUGGUUGUGACUUUGUGUGCCGUUCCCGUGGCAGCAGAGAGGAACCGCCCACAUAUAGGGGAGUGUCCACUGAGCCUCUGGGGGAGGAGCCAGAGGAAAGGGACGACCACUUGCUUCCCAUGUGACCUAGUGACGUCAAAUAACAGGAAAUGGGCCUAGCCCCGGAGGUGACGUCUUCAUGUGUUUGAAACCGAUCUGGGAGUUCCGAAAAGGCUGUCUAGACCUGGUCUCUGAGGGUCACUCUGUGUGCUGGUUUUUGCAAAAAUUUCAACAAACAUCUCCGUUCUUUUUUUUUUUUUUUUCAUUUAGUUUACUUUAAAAGCUAC